AUGCAAUGCAUAAGUGAGAUGCAUCCUGCUCAGGUGGUGCGGCCUGAGUUUCUUCAUAGAAUGACGCACGCAGAUCUGGAGAAAGUAGACGUGGAGGUGGGAAAACAUCUGCCGCAGAGAGACUUUUCGGACGCAUUUGCGUGGAGAACAGUCAAAGGACUCCGUAUGAUUGCAGAUGUUGUUUUUUACAAGAGAUAUGUGCACAGAGCUAUUGUGUUGGAAACUGUUGCUGCGAUACCCGGAAUGGUGGGCGGACUGAUCCGGCAUCUGAAAUCCCUUCGAAAGAUGGAAGAUGACACCAAUAUUCGGGUACUUCUGGCGGAGGCAGAGAAUGAAAGAAUGCAUCUCAUGACGUGGAUGGAAGUUGCUAAGCCUCUGCUUCUAGAGAGGCUCAUUGUUAUGGCCCUGCAGGGCGUGUUUUUCAAUGCAUAUCUGAUGCUAUACAUUGUAUCAGCAAAGACAGCGCACAGACUCGUAGGGUACUUGGAGGAGGAGGCAAUUAUCUCGUAUACAGAGAUGGUAAGAGAGAUUCAAGCUGGAAUAAUUCCAAAUACGCCAGCACCAGAGAUAGCCAAGAAGUACUGGAACUUAGGAGAAGAUGCCACUCUGUUGGAUGUAACACUGGCAAUUCGGGCUGACGAGGCAACACACCGAGAUACAAAUCACGAGAUCGCGGACGUCUUAGAAGGAAUUGAGUAG